AUGGCGCAGCCUCGGGUGACUAUUCUUGGAGGUGGACUUGCUGGCUUGACUCUGGGACGCUGCUUGCUGCAGAAAGGUAUACCUUCCGUGAUCUACGAUUCGAGACCAAAGGGUGCGCCAACUCGCAGCGUUUUCCUGGAGCCCGGGACAUAUCGACCUUUGCUGAAAGUGCUAAAUAUCGAAGCGACCGAAUUCAAACGAACAUUUGGCAUCGAUAUCCACGGCCGAGACCGCACUGAUGCAUUGCAAGCAUCCUCUGCAACGACCGAAUCAUGGCUGCACGUCUCUCGUACCGACCUCGAACGUGCAUUGAGAAAGUCCGACGGUCUCGAGUUGGAGGAACGUUCAGAGCAUCGACUGAUCAGGGCUACGCCAUCACAGGAGCCGUCUCAAGCAGCGCCGGCCCUUGAUCUGGAGUUUGCAAAUCAUCACAAGCUCCGGUCAACACUCGUGAUUGAUGCACUUGGCACUCACUCAGCGCUACGAGAAGCACUGCUGCCAGGCAUCUACACUCUGGUCGUCGAGCCAUACGCUGUCUACAACCACAAGAAGCACGUCGAGCAAGCUGACUACCAAUCGAAGUUCCUGACACUUCUCAAUGGCAGCACUACGUGGACCCAUCAGCCCGGAAACCCGUCCGAACCUCGCGUUCAUGUCAAGCUGGAGGACCAUCUCCCGUCAAGCGGAUCAGGAAAGCCGGUCCGCAUGAGUUACACUUACUCCAGGCCUGCUAGGGUCUCCGACAACGAUGAUCCCCUGUAUAAGCCCAACCGCUCGAAAAGCGAAGCUGACAACAUUAGUCCAGAGUACUACAAAGAGAUCGAUGAACUUGCUUCUGUUGAGCCCAUAAAGUCGAACGCAGCGAUUCGCCAGCUUCUUGGGCAGGACGAAUCGGCAAAAGAGGAACCGAAAGGCGCCAUCAAGAACUGGCUCAUGCGUACGUUGAUCGUCUCAAAGCAAGAUCUCCUCAAGCUACUUCGCCAGUACAGUGUAGCUAUGAUCGGCGACAGCGUCCACACGACACCGAUUCUCGGUGGCAGCGGCGCUAACAUGGCUGUUAACGACGCCAUUGAGCUGGCUGAUGUCAUCGCGAAGCACUGGAAAAGCGGCAAUAUCACAACCGGUGUGAGUGAAUUCUAUGAGACCAAGUGGGACGAGUGGAACAAUGCUGUGCAAGAGAGCAAAUGGGAGCUGGCGGCACUGCAUCAGCCGGUCCAGCCUCAACAGACCACAGGCGCAAAAAUAUAA